AUGGUGAGCUCCUGUCGUCCCCUUGGCGAGGCGCAACGAGCUGAUCAGACAGAUGUCCUCGCGGGAUUCAAUCAACCCAAACCUAGUGCACCAGUAUCAGCACCUCCUCGGGCAUCCGCAACCACAUCCACAGUGACCGUUUCUAGCUCUUCGGCGGCUCCCCAAGCGGGCGGUGCGGAAGAUGACGAUGGCGACUUCGAGGCGUCAUUAGCGGGCGAGAUGGAGCAGCUCCUGCGUCAGCUCGCGGGCACGCAUAUUCCCGGCCCUAUGCCUGAUGUGGACGGUGCAGACCCGGACGAUCCACCCGCAGCUGGUGCCGGAGCCUCAGCUGGCUUGCCCAAAGGGCUAGGCGGAGCGGGGAAGAUGUCAGCAGAAGAGGAAGAAGCGGCGUUUCAGAAGGCUAUUGAGAUGAUGCUGUCCGGAGAAGGACUCGAGGCGCUGGGACUGGACGGGAAGGGGGCUGGAAGCGCAGGAGGGGCUUCUGGGUCUGGCUCAGCCUCUCGAGCCGCAGCAGGAGGCGCGGCGCCUGGUCAACCGAAACCAACAUUCGACGAAACGAUCCGGCGGACGAUGGAGCAGCUCGGAAGCAAGGAUACGCGAGGAGCAGCAGGGGGGGAUGGGGAGAUGCCUGAUCUGGCGGCGCUGUUAGCAAAGCUGGGCCAGGAGGGUGGGCUGGGAGAUGGGGACGAGGAUGAUCUAGGCGGGCUGCUAGACGGGAUGAUGAGCUCGUUGAUGACCAAGGAGGUAUUGGAGGAGCCCAUGUCGGAGUUGGCUUCCAAGUACCCCGCAUACCUCGCUUCCCCACCGGCGGGCGUCUCGGCGGAAGAUAUGGAGAAGUACCGGCGACAGUCCAAACUCGUCGACCAGAUCGUGGCGACGUUCCGGAAACCUGGGUAUUCGGCGGACGAGGAUGGUCAGGAAAUAGCGAGGCUAGUAGGGGAGAUGCAGGAUCUGGGGGGGCCACCCAAGGAGAUUAUUGGGGACUUGCCAGAGGGCUUGGACUUUGGAGGGAUGGGUGGAGACGAAGCAUGUACGAUCAUGUAG